AUGACCGACAUGCCUAAGCCAGUUCCUGAGGCUCCUCCUAGCGUCACGGCCAUCGAAGACUCUGAGCUCAAGAGUAAUCACAUCGGUAUGAGCCAGAAUCAACAGGAAAAUGCGGUUGGAUACAGCGAAUAUCUUGAGGCUCGCGACAUUGAGUUCUCUGACGCCGAGGCUAAGAAACUUCGGUGGAAGCUGGAUCUUGUCAUUCUUCCUAUGUUCUUGAUCACACAGGCUUUGCAAUUCAUGGAUAAAACAUCUCUCAACUAUGCGAACCUAUUUGGUUACCAAGAGGCUUUGGGUCUCAAGGGUAACCAGUUUAAUUAUCUCUCCGCAAGCUACUUCUUCGGGCAGUAUCCUUGUGGUUGGCUCAUCGGACGAUUUCCCGCACAAAAGGUCAUGGCUAUCAGUAUCUUCUUCUGGGGCUUGAUGGUUAUUAUCAUGACUCAGAGCCGAGACUAUUCCAGCGCAUUGGCCGUUCGAUUCAUCAUGGGUGUCUUUGAGGCGGCUGUUACCCCCGGCUUGACUCUCAUGACCGGUUUCUGGUAUACGAGGCGUGAGAUCCCUCUCCGUCAGUGUAUUUGGUAUUCGUCCCUCGGCUGGGGUGGUAUUGUCGGCUCCUACAUCUCCAUGGGUGUUUCUAAACUACCUGUGACUCUCAAGCCGGAACGUUGGGAGCUCAUUUUCUUCAUUCUUGGUGGUGCUACUUGCCUCUGGGCUUUCGUCAUCUGGUUCCUCCUCCCCGACUCGCCUUCCAACGCCAGAUUCCUCAACCACCGCGAGCGUCUGAUUGCUGUCAAGCGCGUCGCCUCUAACGAGACAGGUAUCAAGAACAAGGCCUUUGACAAGAGCCAAGUUCAAUUGGGUUUCAUGGAUCCCAAGACAAUCCUGCUCUUCAUCUCUGUCUUUGCUGCCGCAAUUCCCAAUGGUGUCGUCAACUCAUUUUCUACCAUCAUCAUUCGUGAUAUGGGUUUCAGCACUACCCGUACCACCCAGCUCAAAUCUGUUGGUGAUGCCGUUCAGAUUAUUGGGCUUCUCAUUGGCGGAAGCGUCAUUCUGAAUGUUCCCAACUCUCGGUUAUUGACUGCUACCGUCGCCAACCUGAUCUGCACCAUUGCGGCUGCUUGUAUGGCUUACCUCCCACGAGAGAAUACGUGGGGUCGCCUAGUAUGUUUCUGGCUUGUUAACGCGCAAUCCGUCGGUUUCACUGUCUCUUUGACCACUAUUUCGUCAAACAUGGCUGGAUACACUCACCGUUCCUUGGCUAGCGCCAUGGUAUUUACUGCCUACUGUUGGGGCAAUUUCGCUGGACCUUUCGUUGUGAAAAAGUCCGAAGCUCCUCACUUUACGGGGGCUACUAUUGGACUCCUCGUUGGUUACGCGAUUAAGCUCUGCUGCCACUUUGGCCUUCUUGUCUACAUGUUUCUCAUCAAUCGCCACCGUAACAAGACUUACGGACCUCCCAACAAGGAGCGAAGCAACGAAGCAGGAAUGAGGGAUCAGACCGAGUUUGAGAAUAAGGACUUCCGAUACGUACUGUAG